AGGUGCCCCUCACAGGUGGAGACCUGGUGCCCCAAGGCCACACUCGCCGCUGCCUGUCUGUGGUUGAAUCCAGAGAGCAGCUGGAGGAAGAGGAGGAGGAGGAGGGGAAAAAGAAGGAGAGAGAUGGCUUCCACGCUGUACCGCUCCGAAGAUCGGGGGCUUUCCGUGCCCAUAACCACAGCUAUGACCCCUUCAAAAGACAUAGUUGGGGGCCAGACAGGGAGCCCCAGGAUCAACUGAGCAGGAGCAAACUGCAGGCUUCGGGAUGCGCUGGGGCCCAGGAGACUCCCUUACUGCAGAGCCAAGAGGACCUGGGCACUUCUCUGGAACCGCAGCACCAAGGUGGCCAGCCUUCCAGUGCGGGUCAGGGUUCCUGUCAUCCAUCUCCUGGCCCUUUGGACCACUCAGCCACUGGCAUGCUGUCGAAGUCUGUCUCCAUGAGUGGCAUCAAUUGCUUCUGGAGUGGCUCAGAUCCAGCCGGAAAUUUAUCCCAGUCCUCUGCUGCUAACUUCAGCCAAAGCUGUAGCCAACUGGAACGCGGUUCGGACACCUGGGUAGGCUCCUCCCUGCGACGAACCUUCAGCUUCCUCUGGGGCAUGACCGGCAAGGCCAAGGCCCGGGAAAAGGAGAAGAUGAAGGAAGCCAAGGAUGCCCGCUAUACCAACGGGCACCUCUUCACCACCAUCUCCGUUUCGGGCAUGACCAUGUGCUAUGCCUGUAACAAGAGCAUCACAGCCAAGGAGGCCCUCAUCUGCCCAACCUGCAAUGUGACUAUCCACAACCGCUGUAAAGACACCCUCGCCAACUGUACCAAGGUCAAGCAGAAGCAACAGAAAGCGGCCCUGCUGAAGAACAACACUGCCUUGCAGUCUGUGUCACUCCGCAGUAAGACCACCACGCGGGAGCGCCCGAGCUCCGCCAUCUACCCCUCCGACAGCUUCCGGCAGUCCCUGCUGGGCUCCCGCCGAGGCCGCUCCUCCUUGUCCUUAGCCAAGAGUGUUUCCACAACCAACAUCGCUGGACACUUCAACGAUGAGUCUCCACUGGGCCUGCGCCGGAUCCUCUCCCAGUCCACAGACUCCCUCAACAUGCGGAACCGAACCCUAUCGGUGGAGUCCCUCAUCGACGAAGGUGCAGAGGUCAUCUACAAUGAGCUGAUGAGUGACUUUGAGAUGGACGAGAAGGACUUUGCAGCCGAUUCCUGGAGCCUUGCUGUGGAUAGCAGCUUCCUGCAGCAGCAUAAAAAGGAGGUGAUGAAGCAACAGGAUGUCAUCUAUGAGCUGAUCCAGACGGAGCUGCACCAUGUGCGGACGUUGAAGAUCAUGACCCGCCUCUUUCGCACGGGGAUGCUGGAAGAGCUACAGCUGGAGCCGGGAGUGGUCCAGGGCCUGUUCCCCUGUGUGGACGAGCUCAGUGAUAUCCACACACGCUUCCUCAGCCAGUUGUUAGAGCGCCGGCGGCAGGCCCUGUGCCCUGGCAGCACCCGGAACUUCAUCAUCCCUCGCUUGGGCGACCUGCUCAUUAGCCAGUUCUCCGGUCCCAGCGCUGAGCAGAUGCGGAAGACCUACUCGGAGUUCUGUAGCCGCCACACCAAGGCCUUGAAGCUCUAUAAGGAGCUGUAUGCUCGAGACAAACGCUUCCAGCAGUUCAUCCGGAAAGUGACCCGCCUGGCUGUGCUGAAGCGGCAUGGGGUACAGGAGUGCAUCCUGCUGGUGACGCAGCGCAUCACCAAGUACCCGGUGCUCAUUAACCGGAUCCUGCAGCAUUCCCACGGGAUGGAGGAGGAGCGCAAGGACCUGACAGCGGCUCUGGGGCUGGUGAAGGAGUUGCUGUGCCAUGUGGACCAGGAUGUGCACGAGCUGGAGAAGGGGGCCCGCCUGCAGGAGAUCUACAACCGCAUGGACCCCCGGGCCCAGACGCCGGUGCCUGGCAAGGGCCCCUUCGGCCGAGAGGAGCUUCUGCGGCGCAAGCUUAUCCACGACGGUUGCCUGCUCUGGAAGACUGCGACCGGCCGUUUCAAAGAUGUGCUGAUGCUGCUGAUGACAGACGUGCUAGUGUUUCUCCAAGAGAAGGACCAGAAGUACAUCUUUCCUACCCUGGACAAGCCCUCGGUGAUAUCACUGCAGAAUCUCAUCGUUCGGGACAUUGCCAACCAGGAGAAAGGGAUGUUUCUGAUCAGCGCGGCCCCCCCUGAGAUGUAUGAGGUCCACACGGCAUCCCGGGAUGAUCGGAGCACCUGGAUCCGAGUCAUUCAGCAGAGUGUGCGCAUAUGCCCAUCCAGAGAGGACUUCCCCCUGAUUGAGACAGAGGAUGAGGCUUACCUGCGGCGAAUCAAGACGGAGCUGCAACAGAAAGACCGGGCACUGGUGGAGCUGCUGCAGGAGAAGGUCGGGCUGUUUGCCGAGAUGACCCAUUUCCAGGUGGAAGAGAAUGGCAGCUGUGGGAUGCCCCUGCCCACCCUGCCCAGGGGCCUUUUCCGUUCUGAGUCCCUCGAGUCCCCUCGUGGCGAGCGGCUGCUGCAGGAUGCCAUCCGUGAGGUGGAGGGCCUGAAAGACCUGCUCGUGGGGCCUGGAGUGGAGCUGCUCUCGACCCGGGAACCAGGCCUGCCCACGGAAGCAGAAAGUGGUGGUAACAUGAGUCCUGGAAUCACCGCCAAUGGCGAGGCCAGAACCUUCAAUGGCUCGAUCGAGCUCUGCAGAGCCGACUCAGACUCCAGCCAGAAGGAUCGAAAUGGAAAUCAGCUGAGAUCUCCCCAGGAGGAAGCGUUGCAGCGAUUGGUCAAUCUUUAUGGACUUCUUCAUGGCCUACAGGCGGCUGUGGCCCAGCAGGAUACGUUGAUGGAAGCCCGGGUCCCCGAGGGCCCGGAGCGACGGGAGAAGCUGACCCGAGCCAACUCUCGGGAUGGGGAAGCUGGCAGAGCUGGGGCUACCCCUGGGGCUCCUGAAAAGCAGGCCACGGAACUGGCGUUACUGCAGCGGCAGCACACGCUGCUGCAGGAAGAGCUGCGGCGCUGCCGGCGCCUCGGGGAAGAGCGGGCGGCUGAGGCUGGCAGCCUGGAAGCCCGGCUCCGGGAGAGUGAGCAGGCCCGGGCCCUGCUGGAGCGGGAGGCUGAAGAGGCUCGCAGGCAGCUGGCCGCCUUGGGCCAAGCCGACGCCGUUCCCCAGGAGGCCCCCUGGGCCCGCAGGCCUCUGGAUCCCCGGCGCCGGAGCCUCCCGGCAGGCGAUGCCCUGUACUUGAGCUUCAGCCCCCCUCAGCCCAGUCGAGGCCAUGACCGCCUGGAUUUGCCUGUGACUGUCCGCGCUGUCCAUCGGCCCUUUGAGGAUCGAGAGGGGCAGGAGCUGGGCAGCCCCGAGGAGCGGCUACAAGACAGCAGCGACCCUGACACUGGCAGCGAGGAGGAAGGAAGCAGCCGUCUGUCUCCGCCCCAUAGUCCUCGAGAUUUCACCAGAAUGCAGGACAUACCCGAGGAGACUGAGAGCCGCGAUGGGGAGCCUGUAGCUCCGGAGAGCUAAGGGGGCCCCGCCCUCCUUCCUGUGCCCCCUGAAGAAUAUUACUGAGGGUGGCAAACCCUGGGGACUCCAACCUGCCAGUGAGCAGGGAACACUUGAACUGCUGAUUGUCCUUGCCAGCUCUUGGGAUCCUUGGAGACCUGGGGCCAUUUAGGAAGCUGGGGGGGAGUUAGGCCACAGUGCCCCCUGGUGGCAUCCAGAAAGUACACCACAGAUGCCAAUUCUUCAUGCCUUCUUCCCUCUACUUUAGGAAAGUUUAUUUAUUUAUUGUUUAUUAGUUAUGGAGGGAGAAAGGGGAUUUAGAGGACCAGGGACAUGGGAGCCAAGCCAUAGGGAACAAGGGGCCUUGUCCUUUAACACUACUGGGGUUUAUUCAGACGUAACCAUGCAGCUGCCGGAUUCCAGCCCUGCCACCCUCCCAGCAACAUCGCCUUUGAGGAGAGGCUGCAGCUGUAGGACCCGACUGCCCCUUCAAGAAGGGCUAUGGGCAGGGCCAUAUCCCUUUCCCCUCAACCUCUUACUGCUGUUCUCUCUUCUCUCCGUCCUCAGUGGAACCCCAGGGAGUCAACCUGGCUUCCUAGAGCGGAUGGAAUGGAGGUUGAGGUGGCCAUCAUGGUCUGUUGGGGGUGACGGGGAAACCCACAGGGACCAGAAUGUCUUUUUGUUUUCUUUUUUUUUUUUGUACCAAAGCCAACUGCACGUGUUUUAUAUUUUUAAGAGAAGAUUGUAGGCAAUUAGAAAUUGCAGCCUUCUAUCUCCACAUCUCUGAAGAACUUGCGGGGUGGGGGGAACAAUGACUUCACCCUCAUCCAUAGCAAUGGGGGAACUAGUCUGACCUCUUCCACAGCCAUUUGGAAACAGAGUUCUAGGGUGAGUUGGGAAAUCUCUAUGAACCCUGACCUAUCCCCCAGCUCACCAACCAUGACCUGAAACCUCCGCCUGAAUUAGGGGGGGAUUUUCAAUGAACCCCCAAAUGCCCACCAGCGCCAACCAUUUUUCUACCAAUUUGAUUGUGUAAAAAAACAACAAAACAGAAACAAAAAAACGAUAAAAGGUAAAGAAAGGAAAAUUAAAGACCUGGAACCCCAUGAAGUGCUGUCUCUGAAUGUCUGAGGUUCGGAUGGUGCUGCUGAGGGGAGAGCCAGGGAGUGGCCUGUGUCCCUCGGAAAGGGGCCUUUCCUCCCCGGGAGGGGCAAGGUGGCCCAAACAAAAGGAACUGCUACCUCCUUUUUCUGUUGUCGUUACUGAUAUUCACAAACAAGGAUUGGGGAUUCCAAUAUUAGAAGACUUGUUUUCAUCUCAUUUGCAUGCUGUGCUCAGAAACGGCCUCGGCCUCUGGCCCCCGCCCCUCCCUUUGGGCACAGUUCCUCUGAGCCCCUCUUCAGUGUCCUUUGUUUUCGGGUUCGGCCACCACGCUGCCCUGGUUCUUCACGUGUCAGAGCCCUGGACACCCUCUUCCAGAUGGUCCCCUCAGAGGAGCUCUCCUUUGCUCUCUGAGAGGCAGUGAGACAUCAGGUUAAUUUCAGUUCUUGUUUUGAUUAAUUUUACUUCCUGUUUCCGGAUAAUACCCUACUGUGGGGCUGUGGGGGGAGGCGCGUCUAGAGUUGUAGAAAUGCUGCAAUAGGUGCACAUAUGUCUGUAGGAGCUGAUGGGGUGAGAUGAGAAGAGUGGGGCCCAAGACCUCAGCUAGAAAGAGGAAUUGGAAUCCCAUGGUCGGGGGAGGGCGGGCUUGGCGGAGCAGCCGGCACCCUCCACUCCUGUGAUGCUCAUCUACGAGGUACUUGCUCAUCCAUUACGGAGUCUGCAGGAGGAAUUGCUGUCAUUUUACCGACAUGGAAAUCUAGGUGGCAGGCCCAGCUGCAGGCCUUCACUUCCCCCUCCACAACUCUGCCUAAAAUAUCAAAGCUCCAGGUUUCAAACCCUGACACGUGGCUCAGCAGCCCACUGCUGUGUCAGCUGGGACCCAAGGCUGUAAAAAGGUGGAGAGGGGAGAGGAAGACUAGUGCUGGGUAGGAGGAGGGUGUUAGGUUGCAUCCGAAGACCCACGUGUUCACAGCGACCCAGUGAAGGAUGCUGGGCAGGCCCCGAGUGCGUGUAAAGCCCAAGCUCUAUUCCUGGCAGCGCUGCCCCUCCUGUGACCGCCCCCCCCUGACCAAAACCCCCGCAUUCUUUGAAACAAGAUGUCCUGUUGCCCCAUUUUUGGAAACUCGGUUUUAACUGUCUCUCCUGCAGUUUCGAAGUUCUCUGUUUGUGCUACAAGGAGCCAGGGCCCAGAUAUUUGCCAAAACAAUGCCUUUCCAUUCGAGAGGAGCUGCCCAGCCAGCCUCCGUUGCUGUGCCCUCUCCUGCCUCCCCACCCCUCCUAAGGGGAAGCCUACGUGCAUUCAUCUCUGGAUUGGACCUGUUUAGACUUUGUCAAUAUUUACCCCUGGGUCCCAUAAAGCAGAGGCCCCUACAGGAGCCAAUAUCCGGAGUCCAGCAGAGGUAGGGUCAUUGGAGGAGCUGAGGGGUGGGGUGGCAAAAGGGUGCUUAGGUGGGUAAGGAUUUCCCAUCCUGAAUCGGCUGGGAACAGACCUGGAGUUUUAGAACCAGUUUAAACAUUAUCAAAAAGAGGAAAUUAAACAAGAGGCUAAUUAAAUCUAUUCAGUAUUGCUUUUAACAUGUGGUGAAUUGGGUGGUUGUUUACAGCCUCCUCGGCAACCGGAUGGAGCUGGUGCCGGGGCGCCUGCAGGCCCUGUGGUGCCCUUGCCAGAGGGGCUCCACACACAGGCGCUGCUCCUGGCUGUUGUGGGACCUUGAGUGGCCAGAGUUGUUAGGGUUGUGAGACAUGCCAGAGCUUGGGGUGGGGGAAAUGGAAAUGGGAGCUCCACCCCAUCUUCUUUCUGCCACCUCCCUUUUCAGGGGCUGCCCCCCAGAAAGUCCCUUGUGAUUGCCAACCUUUAUCAUUGCUGGGUCUUGGGUCUCUGUGGAUCUGGA